CUGUUUCAGCCUGUGUUCUGAGGGGGGAUGGGUUUGGAGGGUAAAGGGGACAGAGGAGUUGUAUUUUUAUAAACCAUGUGCUCUCCAGCAUGCCUGACGGUGAGAGAGUGGAGCUGCUGUGUCUUCCACAGACAAAAGAAACUCCAACAGGGCUCCAGCCGACACAAAGAGAGGACAGGAGGACAUCUGUGAAAGUUAAAUAACAAUAAGAGGCGUCUCGGAGAAGACAGACGGGCCGAAUCAACAUGGAUCUGAAGGCUGAGGACUCCUCCACCGGCCUCGCGUCAGACAUCAGCCUGCAGAAACUACAGAGGAUGGCCGCGGAGCUGACGCUGCCGGGAAGAUUCAUCGUCAGACUCCUGAACGCCGCUCUGGAGUUCGUCACCAACUUGUUAGCCGGAGUUUUAGGGAGCAGCCUGGUCAGGAGACAUUUCCACCUGAUGCUGUCGGGCCUCGUCCUCUUCGGGCCUUUGCUCAGUUUCUGGGUUUCAAAGUACAGCAUCUUUGCAAACAGCAACCACUACCUGUACAGGAAGUUCCUGAAGUCCACCUGGGGCUGGACCUGCACCCUCACGGGCUCCUUCGUCCUCCUCCUCUCCCUCUCGGCCCGACACCCCCCCUCCCUCGCCCUGCGCCACCUCUCCCGGGUGGGGCUGGUGGGGCUGCUGUGGUGGGGCUGCCGGCGCCUCCUGACCCUGCUGGAGGACGCGGCGGGGACCUGCUACGAGCCCAUGGCCGUCGCCCAGGACGCCCAGAGCCCCGCCUCCCCCGCGCAGCCUCUGCUGCUGCUGCAUGAAGACCAGACCAAGGCCUCCUGCCUCAGAGCCAACAUGCUGUGGAGAGGCUACGAGGUGUCCCAGGACGUCCUCAUCCUCUGCCUGUGCUGCCUGCUGCUCGUGGAGGAAAUGUGCGUCUUCGGUCGCCACCUGGCCCGAGGGAAGCCUCUGCAGAGGUCGCCCGGCGCCCCGUUGAGACUCGUCUUCCUCCUGUGUGCGGUUCUGCUCGUUGUGUGGUUGUUCCUGCUGCUCUGUUUGCUUGCAUACUUCCCCAGCUUCCCGGCCCAGCAGCUGGGAGGAGCUCUGGGCUACCUGGGCUGGAGAGGACUCUACCAGGGCUGGUACCGGCUCAGACCGAGCUGGGGCUGCCCCGGUCUGCCAGGAGACGGGCUUUUUACCACCACAGACACCGACAAGCAGCCUCAGUAGGGUGGCAUGCUUCACUAGAUGAGUUGUGUUCUUUAAAGCUCAGGUCAAAAUGUCAGAUUUAAAAUUCCCACAAAAUAAACAGAAGCCGACUCAGGAAUCACGUUGCUUUAUUUUGUAAUCUGAACCACAAUGCAGGCGCAGGAAUAAAAUGAAGACAUCAGGUGUGCUGUUACUGGAUGAGAGUGUCAUACUACACUUGCUGUAGCUUGUUU